AUUUGAUAGAUAAUCAUGGCACCAAAAGGUAGAGGUGGACGAAUAGUACGAAACACUCGUCUCGAUCAAUCUCAGCUUUCCUCACGUAGGUCAGGUGAGCAAACUGUUGACAUUGAUUCUUCUCAACCACCGAUACAUGUGUUAGGUCAACAGAACUCUAAUAAUGAUGAACCUCAUCUUACACAUUUGAAUGUGGGAUCAGCAUCAAACCAAUCCCCACAAGUUUUAUCACAAUCAUCACCUCAAUUAGAUGGUGUGAAUUCGUCUGACGCAUCUGCUUUAGAUGCAGAAGAUAAUGAGCUACCUAAUGUUGGACAAUCAAGUGUGCAUGCUGAAACUAGGAGUAACGGAAAGCUGGUAAUAGCUGUAGAGAAAGGCGAUAAACCAUAAGUAGUUAUACUAUUAUGUUGACCUUCCUAUAUCAUCAUACUUUCUACUUAAAAUGAAAAAGAAGAGUAUCACUAGGUGCAGGAUCUUUAAUUUACUAG